GACCAGCCUUGGCACAAACAAGCUCGGCAGGUGCGGAAUACCAACUACUUCGUACGUCUUACCAAGAUUUGCUUGCUCUAUGGAUUUGCCUCGCCGGCUGGAAGUCGGGAUUGGGUAUCAUGAUAUAGAUAGAGCCAAUAAGUAUAUAACAUAGCUCUCUGAUCUACAAAACAGACUUUCUUUCUUCAUCGCAACGGCUUCUUUCUUUUAGGUCAGAAGACUUUCGUUUGUUAAUUCAAGAUCUUAUUUGAUUUUUCUAUACAAUCCUGAACCUUACUCAAUAAUCGACCUCGCGAAGUCUUUUUUAUCAUUGACGUACAAAGUCUUUCGACUCUUACCUGCGAAAGUUCUCUCGAUCGCUUACGGGUACCACUCCACUACCUUCGUUUUCAAAUUAUAACCCAAGAUGCUCUCCUCUGCGAGUCACAGCGUGUCUGUCCCAGGCAACCCUGCGAACCUGUGGAAUAUCUUAUCGGAAAAUCAACAUAUUCUCGAGGGGGCAGAAGUUCAACAACUCCCAACCGUACUCGAUCGCAAGACUUCCAGCACUUCCUUAACGAGUGAUAGUGAUGCAGAUUACCGUAGUGACUCCGCACACUCUGCCACAAGUUACGGUAGUUCUUUUACAUGCGCCACAGAACGCUCUGACGAUGAUACCCCGACUGUCGAAACGCUCUUAGUGACAAGAGCUGCAGAUGAGUUGCAAGCUUCAUCCCCCGAAGAUAAUGAGCUUGCCAGCAAGAUCAUCAACAUCUUGCGUUCAUACUCUCCGCCAACUGAGAAUACACUCGAUAGAUCCGUGAUGGUUAGACUGGUUCAAUCACGGGUAGCACGCAAGGAGAAAAUUCAUCUCAUUCUUCCGGCCUUCCCUUUCAAAUCGCCAAACAAGGUUGAUAAAGUCCUUGGUUGUCUUCCAGAUAUGGGAGAAGAGAUUGCACUUGCUACGCUCAAUGGACUUUGCCAGCAGAUUGAUGAAGUGUAUCCAGUUGGAGGCACCACAGUCAUGGUCGUUUCUGAUGGUAUUGUUUACAAUGGUAUGUCGCUUAUAACCUCAACACAAGUAAUCAAUUAUCUAACAAAACACUCUAGAUCUCCUCGGCGUUUCAGAAACCGAAGUCUGGAACUAUUCAACCGCUCUCAGAAAACUCGCUGCUGAGAAGUUCCCUCACAUUACCUUCUCUCGUUUGAGCCAUCUCAUCGGGGAUGACUGCCCAGAGCCAAAGUCUUUGGAAGUAUACCUCGAAAACGCAGACUGGUACAGAUCUACAAUGGUUGGGAGACAUCUCAACAAGGACUUUGAUGUAAGCCAUGAACUGAAACACCACAUCAACGCCCUCAUGACAUAUCGUGGUUAUAUCAAGUUUCUUGGUGUAGAUUUAGCCCAUGAGCCAAGCCGACAGGGCAAAAGCAAAUCCCAAGUGAAGAAGAUGAACGAGAAGACUGCGAAGAAGAUGAUUGAGCGAGGAGCAGCAUUUGCACUUGCACUUCAGAAUGCCUUCCCAACCUCCGUCCGCAUCUCCAUCCACCAGUCGGUGUCCGAAUACAAACUACCUAUCGCUCUUCUUCCCGGUGCAGAAGCCUACAUCACCCCAUGGCACGCUGCUCCAGCUUUUGAACUUGACGGCAGCUGGAAAUUCGCCCACAAGCACAGCUUUUCCAAUGAUGAUUCAUAUGAGCUCAUCUACAAGAACGACCAACCAUCAUAUUACCGCAAGAUAUCUGACCUGUAUUCUUGGGAUAACGUAGCGAUCGAGGUCACCCCAGUUCAUCCUUGCGGUCUCAUGCUAUCCCCAACGAACAAGAACCAAGAGUUUAGCAUGGAAGUUAUUGAUAUGCAGAAGAUUAGAAAAUUGUCGGAAUACAACUCUCCAAUAAUACUAAGAGGCUUCAAGAACACCACUGAUCUUUCUCUGUUUACCCAAAAGGCUCGAGAGAUGGGAGAUGUCAUGCCAUGGAAAUUUGGCGAAGUAUUGGUCGUGAAGGAUGCUGGCGAGAACGGGGGCGGUCUAAACAACGUUUUAAGCGCUGAGCCAAUGCCUUUUCAUUUCGAUGGCUUGUUCAAAACGACCAUUGUCAAGGACGAGAAGACCGGCGAGGACAAAGUCGUCCCUCAACCACCCAAGUUUGUUUCCCCAUUUCUCUCAAGAUUACUAUACUAAUGACAUCCUAGGUUUCAAUGGUUCACUGUCGCAACUCCAGCACCACAGGCCUGUGGAAUGACGUUGAUAGCCUCCUCUCGCCUUUUGUUUUCUCUUCUCCCAAAAGAGUACAACUUAGAGAGACUCCAGGACCUUACUUGGACAGUCUCAACAACUGCCUUCGACAAUGCCGUGAUACCCAGACUUCCCCUCGUCGAGCCACACCCUAUACUAGCAACGCCUUGUAUCCGCUAUCACGAGCCAUGGCCAACAUCCAAGACAAAGUUCGAUCCUACAUAUGUCACCAUUGAUGACAUCAGCUCAGAUGAGAGCCAGAAGAUCACCGAUGCUAUUGACAGUCUUUUAUACGACCCAAGAGUGUGUUAUUACCAUACAUGGGUCGAAGGAGAUUUGAUCUUGAGUGACAACAUCAGCAUGAUGCACACAAGAUCAGAAUUUAUUCCCAAUUCGCCACGAGAGCUGUGGAGGAUCCACAUCAAUUAGAUAGGCGGCAUCGCCGAAAACUGAGGGGUCCAUAGAGUUUUGCAGAGCUAAUGAGAAUUGGGAAGGGUUUCAAUUUCAGCGACAAACAAGGUUGUACUUUUUGACAUCUUGCGGAGUUUUGGAGUUUACA